GAUUGGAUGGCACAGGAUCGCCGAUCCCACCACUUCUCCCAUUCCCACGUCUACGGUCUCGUCGCACUUGGAUCAUGUCGCUCGGAUCUGUGGACACUGCGCAUACAGCGUCCAUGCUCACGUCGUCGGCGAGAUAUUUCGCGAAUUGCAUCGCAGGAUUGCGUUUCCAGCUUUCCGGGCUACGUUGUUGGAGAUGCGGACGUUUCGAUUGUUGGGAGCCGGCUCAUCCCAAGGCUUGAGCCUUGUGAUUGCCUGGAAGCUCGUGGAGGCUUGAAUCUGCUUGGAAUUGGAUUCAUGGGUUUGUGAGGGUGAGUGUUGUGUUGUUUUUGGGGGUGGUGCAGCUGGGGCGUGCUCCCUUGGAAGAAUUGUUGUGCAGGGAUGAGGACCUUUGCGUGUAGCCCCGUGGCUCUGCAGCAAGGUAGUUGUGUCUCCAAUCAGCCACAAUGGAUCUCGUCUCUUCAGCUCAGGAACUUAAAACCCAGCAGCAUUGGCCGAUUCCGUGGUUCUCCGUCGCAGAGGAUUUGUUCCUCAUGUGGGCCUCAUUUAUGCCGUAAGAGUGUCAGCCUAACUCAAGUCGGAUGCAAAAUUGACGGAAGCGAUUCUCCGUCUGUGACUACCUUUAGCAAUCUUAGGUUGACAGAACGCAGGUCUCAAUUGCAAAGCCAAGCCGGGCGUCAGCCAGCGUCGAACGACGAAAACGACGUUGUCGCAGAGAUUGUUGAGAAAGAAUUGGACACUGAUGUGGUCAGUGAUGAGUGGCAGUGGACCAAAACUAACCAGGAGCUGAUAGCAUACACACUUCUACUUGUAGCUGUGCCAAUAGGGACAAUCCUGCCCCUCUCUCAUCUUCAGUGGUCGGGAGCAUUUUACUUUCUUUUCCUUGCGGUGUGGACUGUGUAUGUCGGCAGUCAUCGCAGUCUAGGGAAAAAGCCACCACAGAAUGUCAGUUUCAAGCAAGGACUUGCAGCUCCUCUGUUUUGUUCAGUAUCUCUCUUCGGAUUCUACUCUUUGCUGCGCUUCUUUCCUAACCUCGACAUCCGCUCGUUCAUCUCUGCUUAUUUGGGUGUAGCUGGGAUUGCAGCUGUUGCAAGUAAUCUCGCACCACCACUACGUGCCAUUUUACCAAAUCCUAACAACACAUCGUGGCAUAUUGAUUUUCCAAAGUGGUUAGUUGUGGACGAGGGUGAAGCUGUUCAUGUGACUCUUACUCCAGCUGAUCUGGUGGCAACUGUUGUGGGGAUUGGGGCGGCUAUAGCAAGCAAACAGUCUGGGGCUCCGUUUACUUUGAACAACUUCAUAGCUGUUUGCAUUGUAACUGAACUUCUACAGUUGCUUUCUCUUGGCAGUUUUGUAACAGCGGCAACCAUGCUCUCUGGUCUACUUCUGUAUGAUGUUUUCUGGGUCUUUGGCUCCUCGAAUGUGUUCGGAGAUAACGUCAUGGUGACUGUAGCAACAUCUCCAGCCUUUGACGGGCCAAUGAAGCUGAUAUUCCCCAACGCCACAGCAAAUACUGGAAAUCCUUAUUCUAUCUUGGGACUGGGCGACAUUGCUGCACCUGGACUUCUAAUUGCUUUGAUGUUGCGGUUCGAUCGCUCUCGAUCUAAGAGGCUCCCUGGAGCAGUUGCUGAAGCCAACACCCAGCAAGAACCGGCUGACAAAACUUAUUUCAUAACAUGCAUUGCAUCGUACAUUUUUGGGCUGACUGCUACAGUUGUGGCAAACACGGUGUCUGGUGCUGCACAACCAGCUCUGCUCUACCUGGUUCCGUCUCUUCUCUUUGGUGUGUUCAUAGUGGCAGCCUCAAGGUCAGAAUCUUCCCUUUUGCUCGACUACAAGGAAGAGUUUCUACCAGUUGCUGUCAAAGGCGACGGCACAUUAGAGUGAAGAAUUUAUGCCAGUUAUUCAACCAGCAAACUCGACCUCCUUUCCUUGAGAUAGGGCAAGUACCCCGCAACGCCUGCUUAGUGCUCAAUGAUUUUCAAAGUGUGUUUAUUGAAUGCCCUUUCUUUCGAGUGCCACAGCAUUCGCUUUAUUGGCAAUGAGGGUGCCGAGAUAUAUUCAUCCUCUUUGGUGAUUUGACCGAGGUGGGUUGAAUAUUUUUGCAUUGUGAGUUAAAACAUCGUGAUUGCAACGUUACGUGAAGAACGACGUUCUCACCUCAGAGCCUCUGUUUCUGCAAUGUCGUAAAAGUGAAUUCAGUUCAAAAACAAUGCUUACAGUCCAUUUGUAAUCUAUGUAGAAGUUUAAUAACGUCAGUUUUUCCUUGAAAU